CUCCCGGCACGUCAGCAGCGGGGGCGGGCGGCCGCGGGAGGAAGCGCCCAGAAAAGCCGCCCCCGGCCGCUCCCGGUCCCCCCCCGGCUGCUCCCGGUCCCCUCCCGGUGUCCCCGGUCCCCCCCGGCCGCCGAUGGCGGAGUGCGGCGCGAGGGGCCCUCAGGCCAUGUCCCCGCGGCGGGCGGCCCGGGCCCCGCCGUCGCCCUACGUGCACAGCAUGCCCGCGUGGGUGCUGGAGGACUUCUGCCACAAGAUGGACUGCCUGGGCGACCACGACUGGAUGCGCUUCGCUUCCUACGUGAUCACCGACCAGACGGAGCUACGGAAGAUCAAGUGCAUGGAGAAGACGGGGAUCAGCAUCACCCGCGAGCUGAUGUGGUGGUGGGGCGUGCGGCUGGCCACGGUGCAGCAGCUGCUGGAUCUGCUGCAGGGCCUGCAGCUCUACCGGGCGGCGCAGGUCAUCCUGGACUGGAUAUCACCCUCCGGUACUACCAACUCCGAGAAAGAAGAGCUGAUAGAGCCACCUAAGCAGGAGAACAUAUCUUUAACUCCUACAGAAAGCAAAAAUAAAGAGAGAGAAAAUGAGAUAAGCUUGUUGCCAUCACCAGACUCUUCACAGCUGGGAAUAUCUCCAGCACGUGAUGCUGUUUCUGAAGGAGCCUUGUAUUCACUUCCUUCUCCACCACCUCCCCCAAGAGAUCUUUUGAGAUCCUUACAGUCAAAUCCUCCCGUCUCAUCAAGCGUGAAGCCCUGCAGCUCUUCAAGUCCUCAGCAGGAGACGAUGACUGAUCUCCCCAGCGGGAGUCUGCUGUGGACCCAGAGGGAAGUUACUAAUGCCACAAACGGUUUCAGUGACAAGAGUAGAAUUUGUGAAGGUACUUUUGCAGAUGUCUACAAAGGUCAGAGGCACAACAUGGUAUAUGUCAUCAAAAGAUUGAAAGAGAUGGAAUGCACAAGCCCAAAUUCCACCCAAAGGUUCUUUCAUACAGAAGUACAGAUUUGCUUUCGGUGCUGUCACGUCAACAUUUUGCAGCUGCUGGGUUUCUCAGUAGAAUCUGAUUUGCACUGUCUGAUAUAUCCAUACCUGCCUAAUGGAUCACUACAAAACCAGCUUCAGUGCCAAGAUGAUUCUUCUCCCCUGACCUGGGAGAUGCGAAUUCGUAUUUCCAGAGGACUCAUCCGAGCCGUAGAGUAUUUACACAAUUUUGGAAUUCUGCAUGGCAAUAUCAAGAGCUCAAAUGUCUUGUUGGAUGAAAACUAUACACCAAAGCUUGGACAUUCAGGUCUGCGAUUGUAUUCUGCUGAUAAAAAAUCAGAGUGUACUAUGAUGAAAACCAAAGUCCUACAAGCUUCUCUUACUUAUCUGCCAGAAGAUUUUAUCAGGCACGGGCAGUUAACAGAAAAAGUUGACAUAUUUGCCUGUGGUGUGGUCUUAGCAGAGAUACUGACAGGGAUUAAGGCACUGGAUGAAGGAAGACAUCCUAUUUAUCUGAAAGAUAUGAUUGCAGAUGAAAUUAAAACAGCAAAAGAAGCCUCAUACCCAAAAGUCAAGAAUUUUGAACAGCUAGCUGCCAAGGAAAUAUGCUGUAAAUACCUAGACAGGAAAGCAGGAGACUUGCUGGAAGAGGUUGCUAUUGAUUUUGCCUCAGCCAUCUGCCUUUGUCUGAGAAAGAAGAAUUCCAACAUAGCAGAGGUGCUUGAAAUUAUGGAAACGGCCGAAAAUAAAUUAAGUGAGCAUUACAUCUGUGGAGGCAGUACUUCUGGAUUUUCCACGAACACUCCAGAAGAAACUGAUGACGAGACAACUAAUCUCAGCAUGGACGUGCCUUCUGCGGGGCAGAAUAAAGAGGACAGUGUGCAGCCAACAGUCCUGACAAGUGCCAGCCAGUGCACGCCUUCAGUAGGAGCUGUGUCACUUGACAUUUACUGCGGACCAAUGUCAAGGAUCCCUUGUGAAUCAGAUGAAUCAAUGAAUUUUAUGUGGAAUCCUAAAGACAAAUCGACAGACGAGCUGUCUAACAACAGCUGUAACAAUUCAGAAAAUAUCGCAACCUCUGAUGCCAGGAUAAAGGAGAAAAAAACUGCAAAUGGACUCCGGGAAAGAAGCGUGGCAUGCAUCAGAAGUGAUGACAACUUAGAAAUAGCUUCUGCUGCACAGAGCACCUUUCAACAAAAAAAUGCAGACCUUGAGCCUUCAUGUUCUUCACAAGCAAUAGCCAGAGAGACAUCGUGGAAAAUAAAGAUAAAUGACCAAAAAAAGAAGUUAAUGGAAAAUAUCUUACUGUAUGAAGAAGACAAAUUAAACAGUUCUGAACUUUUCGAAUCUUAAACUGGAUGGAUUUAUUAGCAGUGACCAACUUUGAAGAAGAAACAAGGACUGCCUCUUCAUUACAAAGAUGGUAAAAGUAUACCUUUCAUGUAAGAUUAAGUAGCACGUUUGGAUCGGAAACAUUAGUCCUCUCCAAAGGAAACAAAAGUGAACCCACCGAGAAGAAUACAAAAACAUGUUUUCUAAAGCAGAUCUAAGCACAAAGCUACUCUGUAAACAGAAAAGCCUUCUUUCUUCUUGUUUGCAUUACACAAAGAUACGGCAAACACAAUUGCCAACAUAAUUUAAGGUCCUUUUGCAGUGUAUUUCAGAAAGCAUCCACAUAUGUCUUAUUAAAAAAAUUGGAGCCCUCAAAUUGACAGGGCAAGUAUUGAUCAGCAAUCAUUUCACAAUACUCAUUGUUAUCCCAUUUAUACAGGGUUACAGAAAUCUUUGAAGAGAUUGAAAAAGCUUUCAGUUAUCAAAUGAUCUACUUCAUAUAAUUACAGUUCCACAUACUGAAAAACACUGCAUUAUCAGAGAAGGGAAUAGUUCUCAGAUGUAUUCUGUAUGACCCAAUCUCAAUUUGAAUUGCACUGGAAAUAGUUAUAAGUAAAUAAUUAAAGUUGUGUUAGUCUGCUCUAUGGGCUGCUCUAAUAUAUAUAUGUGACACCAUUGGAAGUCUGAGUUUCACUGUCAGGAGAUAGAAGACAGUGCUUAGUACUUCAUAAGGGUAUUUUUCAAAGUUAUGUUACCUAAGCAUUCUUUAAAACAUUAUUGAGGUUUCUUAUUGUUUCACAAUUGUGAAAUUGUGAAUUGGUGACUUGUGUAUUUUGGAUAAGGAACAAAAUUUUAAUUUAAAAUAUCUUUAUUUUGUCAUAGGUCAGUUGAAGUCUGAUGUAUUUAUUUUGGCAAUGGGUAAAACAACCAGUGAAAGAUGAGCUAGUAAGGGGGCCUAUUCAUGUACCCAUACUCACUAAGUAUUCUCAGAGAAGAAUCAUUUUGUGUCUCUUGGCUUACCCAGCUACUGCAGCCUUGAGGUCAAGCUCAGCGAUCACUCUGAAAAGAGAAGGAAAAACAAAAAAACAGUCUUGUCUGCUGUCAUACUUACUAUCAAGUAAAAAUGCACUGAAGAGACUGUCACUUUAAUGACUGUUCAUUUGUAUUACUGCUUGCAUUUUUACUCUUUAGCAGUCUAGGAAAAUAACAGGUUUAUGAUUAGCAAAAAGAACUAUCAGACCAUAUAGCUCAGCAUACUGACACACAUCGCUGCUGCUGCCUCAGCACAGCCAAUAAGGCCUGGGGUACAGAAAUGUCUUAAAAACUUGUAUCAGAAUUCAUGGAAUAUUUUCUUAAAAAGAAAAAAAAACAAAACAAAACAAAAAAAAAAACACAAGUGUUUUCUUAUCUUUACAUGAAGGUCUCUGAGUAAGGCUUCAUUCUUUCUGUAUUUGUACAGUACCUACUUUGCUGGAGGUACUACUAUGAUAAGAGUGUUUUAACUAACAAUGAGUAUUAGAAUUGUCUACACGUUUAUCAAAUGGAUUUCUACACUAAAAACUACUACAAUCUUUA